CGCAAAUUAUGAUCGAUGCCUUCCCUUCAACUUCAAGGAAAUCUGAGAGGCGCAACCCCUAAUUCUGAAUCUUUGUGGGGGAGCAGCUGCAUCGUGCACAUCUACUUUUCAGAAGGAUCAGAAUUUGCAGGCACCCGCAGGGCCGCCGGAGACUGCAGUCAAGCAUCUGGUGUAACAGACCAGGGCAGCAGCGGGGGUGCAUCUUGUCGCUUCUUCCCUGCCUGACGAGGCGCUGAUUGGGGGUGCUGCUGCUGGUGGGGCCAGCUUGAGUGGGCGCCAGCAUGGCGACGUCCGGGAUGCGCGGGCUGUCCACGUUCAUUGCGGACAUCCGCAAUUGCCAGAACAAGGAGGCGGAGAAGGCGCGCGUUGAGAAGGAGCUCGCCAACAUCCGUUCCAAGAUCAAGGCCGCGGGCAUGACGGGGUACGAGAAGAAGAAGUACGUGUGGAAGAUGCUGUACAUCUACAUGCUGGGCUACGACGUCGAGUACGGCCAGACGGAGGCCAUCGCGCUCAUGUCCGCGCCCAAGUAUGCCGAGAAGCAGGUGGGGUACAUUGUGACGGCGGCGCUGCUGAACGAGACGGUGCAGGAGCUGCGGCUGGUGAUCAACACUGUGCGCAAUGACAUCAUCAGCAGGAACGAGAUCUUCCAGUGCCUUGGUCUCACCUUUGUGGCCAACGUGGGGGGAACCGAGUUUGCGGAGUCCCUGGCUGCGGACGUGCAGCAGCUGCUGCUGUCGCGCACGGCGCGGCCCCUGGUGCGCAAGAAGGCGGCGCUGUGCCUGCUGCGCCUCUACCGCAAGAACCGCGACGUCAUCAACGUGGAUGGCUGGGGCGACGUGCUGGGCCCGCUGCUGGACGAGCGCGACAUCGGCGUGCUGACCGCGGUGAUGAGCCUGCUGCUGGCGCUGGUGGCGGCCUCGCCGGAGGCGUACCUGGCGUGCGUGCCCAAGUGCGUGCGCCUGCUGGAGCGGCUGACGCGCAGCGUGGACGUGCCGCAGGAGUACACGUACUACGGCAUCCCGUCGCCCUGGCUGCAGGUCAAGACGAUGCGCGUGCUGCAGUACUUCCCCGCGCUGGAGGAUCCCGGCCAGCGGCGCGGCCUGCUGGAGGUGCUGCAGCGCGUGCUCAUGGGGACGGACGUGGUCAAGAACGUGAACAAGAACAACGCGGCGCACGCGGUGCUCUUUGAGGCGCUCGCGCUCGUGCUGCACAUGGACGUCGACCGCGACCUCAUGACGCAGUGCGUGGCGCUGCUCGGCAAGUUCAUCGCCGUGCGCGAGCCCAACAUCCGCUACCUGGGCCUCGAGAACAUGGCGCGCCUCGCCGCCGUGGCCGACAUGAACGCCGCCAUCAAGCGGCACCAGGCGCACAUCAUCGCGUCGCUCAAGGACCCUGACAUCAGCAUCCGGCGGCGCGCGCUGGACCUGCUCUACGGCAUGUGCGACACCUCCAACGCCAAGGACAUCGUGGAGGAGCUGCUCAAGUUCAUGGCGAGCGCCGACUUUGGGCUGCGGGAGGAGCUGGCGCUCAAGGCCGCCAUCCUGGCGGAGAAGUACGCACCCGACCUCGGCUGGUACGUGGACGUGAUCCUGCAGCUGGUGGAGAAGGCGGGCGACUUCGUGAGCGACGACAUCUGGUACCGCGUCGUGCAGAUCGUGACCAACAACGACGACCUCCAGGCAUACGCCGCCUCCAAGGGCCUCGCCUACCUGCGCGCCUCCGCCGUGCACGAAACCAUGAUCAAGGUGGGCGCGUACCUGCUGGGCGAGUACGGCCACCUGCUAGCGCGCCAGCCGGGCAGCAGCCCCGCCGACAUCUUUGCCGCGCUGCACCACCACUUCCACUCCGCCAGCGUGCCCACCAAGUCGCUGCUGCUGACGGCGUACAUCAAGCUGCUCCUCCACGCGCCGCCUGACCCCGCCCUGCGCGACCAGGUCCUCGCCGUCUUCACCAAGUACGGAAGUGCGCUCGACGCGGAGGUGCAGCAGCGCGCCGUGGAGUAUUUUGCGCUCGCGUCGCGCGGGCCCGGCAUGGCCGACAUCGUGGCGGAGAUGCCCAAGUUCCCGGAGAGAGCGAGUGCGCUGGAGAAGCGGGUGGUGGACAGCGCGGGCGACACCACGGAGAUCAGCGCUGCUGCGCGCCGCGCCGUCGACUCCUCGGCCGUCGUGCUGGCCCCCGGGGCUGUCCCCGCCCAGCCCGGCCAGCCCGCCCCGCUCAGGGGCCCGGGCCCCGGAGCAGCACCCAGCGCAGGCCCCACGGCAGCGCCAGGCAGGCAGGAGUACGUGGCACCCUGGGCUGCGGGCGGGGCCGCGCCGGUGGCCAAUGGGCACGCCCCCAGCGGGGCCGACCUGCUAGGGGACCUGCUCGCGCCUGACGCGCCGCCAGCUGGGGGACCGCCAAGCGACCCGCUCGCCAGCGCUCAGGGAGCGGCGGCGGCUGCGGUGGAGCCGGUGGGCAGCGUGGCGGAGUGGUUCAGCAAGCUGUGCGUGGCGGACAGCGGCGUGCUGUACGAGGACCCCUUCCUGCAGAUCGGCGUCAAGCAGCAGUACGCGGGGCCGCAGGGCCGCCUGCUGCUCUUCUUCGGCAACAAGCACACCGCGCCCCUCACCGCCCUGCACGCCACCAUCAGUGCGCCCCCCGGCUGCGCCUCACCGCCGGCACCCCCCCCCGACACCCUGCCCCCCCGCGCCCAGCUCCAGAUGGCGAUCGAGUGCGUGUGUGCGGCCCCCUUCCCCGCGCCCGCGUCCCUGGCGCUGUCGUACUCCGCCGGCGUGCAGCCCGUGGCCGUGCAGCUGCACCUCCCCGCCGUGCUCUCCAAGUUCCUGCAGCCCGUGCCCGUCACGGCGGACUCCUUCUUCGCCAAGUGGAAGCAGUUCCUCAACCCGCCCAACCGCAUCCAGGAGAUCGUGCGCAACGUGAAGCCCAUCGGGCUGCAGGGCAUCGCGGCCGCCUUCAUCGCGCUCAAGAUCGGCCUCGCCCAGGGCCUCGACCCGAACCCGAACAACCUGGUGGCGGCCAGCUCGCUCGCUACGGAGAACAACGGCGCAAACGCGGUGUGCAUGGUGCGUGUUGAGACGGACCCCGCCGACCGCACCCAGCUGCGCCUCACGGUCGCGUGCUCCAACCCCACCGCCACGCAGGCGCUGCGCCAAAUCAUUGUGGACGCAGUCACGGAGCCGACCCUGGCACUCCCGGCACCACCACCACCGGCAGGCAACCCUCUGGCCGGACUUUUCUGAGACUGCCGAUACACCUGCGGGGAAGGGACGCCAAGCACGAGGUCCUCCACCCAGCUGCGGUGUGUUCCACGGGAUGUCAUCACCAUCACUGUCGUGGAUAGUCUGGUCAUGUUGCUUUGGGAAAGGGGUUGACUCCAGGACGCUUGGUCCAACAGGCAUGUGCUAUGGCCUCUAGUAAGUCCAAGUGAUCGAACUUAAGGUACGUGCCAUCUACUGCUUGCAAAGGAUGGUUGGACCUGUCAAUGUUGCUAAGUCGAUGAUGCAACGUUUCAAUGCGAGCGUGCUAAUGCCAAUUCAAUCAUCUCCUGAUGGCAAUUAAGAUAUCGCUUGGCCGGAGGCUAGCCUGAAGCGUGAUGACACGGAUCAACCGACUUAAUAAGAG